CUGGCAGCGGUGUUCGCUGCCCGCGGCGCAGCUCGUGUCGCGCACACACCUGCCACGAGGCAUCACGUGCCCGUGACGUCACUGCACGCUCGGGUAUAUAAAGUCGCGCGGCUGAAUUUCGGGUAGCAUACUCAUUCCAACUUCUGAGACGUAGGGAUCACCCGCACUCUCUCUCUCCAUCAUGGCUGUCACUGGUAACAAGAAGAAUUCAGUCUUCAGCAUCCAUAGCCUGAAGAAAGCCAUUAAGAAGCUUAUCAAGAAGACCCUCCCUACGAAGGUGGAGAAGAAGGUCAAGGACGAUAAGACUGAAUACUGUGUUGACUUCGAGGCCGAGAUCGAGGACAACCUAGCCAAUGAAGCGCUUGAAGCCCGCCUGAUUCAGAUCAUUGAAGCCUCGCCUGCUGCCCUCGACCUCAACUUAAGCCUGAAAGGGUUGCUGAUGGUGAAGACUUCCCCCGAGCUCGUGCAGUUCGGAACCUUCUGGACCAACGACGAUGACGAAGAGAGUUGGGCCAUGUACAAGGACCUCCUGCAGACAUCGCCAGGUACCCGUUCAGCUAACACCAGGACGUAGGUGCCCUCUCGUCUACCCUGGACCCUCCUGUGACGCCAACACCCUAUGAUAAGGGUCUCCUGUGCCGUGAUACUUCAGUGCCAACACCAAUGCCGCCUUCGUCAGCUCCCGCUGCAGAAGGAAUCUCGAAGAGGUUCUAUGGUCUGCAGUUGUUGAUGCUCCUACAAUGCCUGAGGUGGCAACAGAAGCUGUGAUAUUGUGAGCGUCUUCAGUAAGAGAUCGUUCAUGCCUGGGUGGUACCAGCCAUCUUCGUGUAGGGUGGUGGGCCCAGUCAGCUGUGAUACGGGGAAGAUUUCACCCAAUGUCUGUGAUACUACUUUUAACAAUUUAUUUAUUGAAUAAAAUGAUUUAAUCUGA